AUGUCAACGUUGGAACGGAAGCUUCGUGGAUUCAAGAUCAGCAAGCGCAGCGUCAUCACUUCAUUUUUCACUAUCACGAGCUUCGUCACUAACUUUGAAGAGGAGCGAGAUGCUGUCGAAAUUCCCGUACGAUUGGAGAACCUCAACGCCCUCUGGAUGAAGUUCAAUAAAGUCCAAGCCGAGUUGGGGCUGCUAGUGAACGACGAAGAAGAACAGGAAAAUUUGCUGAAAGAGCGAACUGAGGUGGAAAAGGCUUACUACCGCGCGAAGGGUAUGCUGAUGUUUCAUAACCGGUCGCCAACCAACUCACAAGUAAAUCAACCCCGAUCUCAAGAGCCAUCGCACCAAGCGCCGCAGGUCAAAUUACCCGAUAUUAAGUUACCCAUUUUCAGUGGAGAGUUUGAGAGCUGGCUCAACUUCCAUGAUUUGUUUGUGUCUCUUGUGCACACCUCAACGCACCUAACGACAAUCCAGAAAUUUUAUUAUUUACGCUCUUCGUUCGCCUAG